UAAAAUCAAAUAGGGCCCGCGUGUCUACUGUGGUCACUUCACUUUCAUCUUCUUUUUCGGUCCAAACGCAAUUGUGUGUACCCUAUAGGACCCUUCGCGCCAUUACACCCCAACAAUCUUCUUGGGUCUUCUCUUCUCCUGGAAAAGAAGGAAUUGCAGGCCCGUCACCCGCUAAACUUCGAUCUGUGGGGCCAAGCCGUGACAAAAGUCAACAAAUCUGUGGAUGGCGGUCAAUGGCAUUAUGUCCCCUUCUGGAUACAAUACUACAUCAUCUUUGUACGUAUCUACCCAUCUAAGAAUCUUGAACUUGUAAAGAUUCUACUUAGUAGUAGGCUGGCAGGCAUAGAUGAUGUAGAACUCCAAGACUAGAAAGAAAACAAUGGGCAGUAUUUUUUCAUUCAUGUUCAUUGGAAUUUAUGUGUCCCUCUUUUUCAACAAAACCUCAACUGCAGCUGAUGCCAUUACUCAAUCCCAAUCCCUUAGAGAUGGUAACACCUUGAUUUCCAAACAUGGCAGUUUUGAAUUGGGAUUUUUCAGUCAACCAGCUCCUGACUCCAAAAACAGCUUCUUGGGAAUUUGGUACAAGAGUUCUGUUUCAUUAGUCACAAAUGUCACUUGGGUUGCAAACCAGCAAAACCCCAUUAAUGGUUCAUCUGGGAUUUUGAUGAUAAACAGCACGGGCAGUGUUGUCCUUCUAAGCCAAGAUCAGACUGUUGUUUGGUCAAUAAAUUUGUCCAGACAACCCAGGAAUCCGAUUUUGCAGCUCUUGGAUUCUGGCAAUCUUGUCCUAAGAGAAGCCAAAGAUGGAAACUCAGAAAACUACUUGUGGCAAAGCUUUGACUCUCACUCUGAUAAGUUGUUUCAGGGUAUGAAGAUUGAAUGGAACGUAAAGACUAGGGCUUGCAGGAGUCUAUUGGCUUCAAGGGUAGAGCAUGACACAUCAACUUCAGGAGACUACUGUGACAGUAAUGGACGUUGUGGACCCAAUGGAAUAUGUACCAUUACUAAAUCCCCAGUUUGUAGUUGCUUCAAAGGCUUCGAGCCCAAAGCACUAGGAAAAUGGAACUUCGGAGAAUACCAAGAAGGUUGUGUGCGUACUGAACCUUUGAGCUGCCAAAAUAAACAUGAGUUUAUCAAAUAUCCUGGGGUAAAGUUGCCAGACAUCACAAAUUCCUGGGUCAACCAAACUUUGAGUCUCAGGGAAUGCAGGGAAAUUUGCUUGAACAACUGUUCUUGUAUGGCUUACGCAAGCUCCAGUGUCAAAGGAGGAGUCAGUGGCUGCACCAUCUGGUUUGGUAAUCUGAUGAACAUCAGAGAGCUCCUGGAUGGUGGGCAGGAUCUGUAUAUUCAAAUGCCUGCUUCAGGAUUAAAGGCUAACUGGCCUAAGACAAAGAUAGCCGUGAUAGUUGUAGCUGUUGCUUCGGUUGUUUCCGGGACACUCUUAGCUGUUUAUAUCAUUCGCAGAAAGAGGAGAAAGUUCAGAGAGAAAAUUAGGAAGAAUGGAAUGAUGGGUCAGGACAAUGAAGGACAGGAAGCCGACCUGGAGCUACCAUUAUUUAGUCUGCCAACAAUAGUCACCGCCACUGAUAACUUUUCAUUCACCAGGAAGCUUGGAGAAGGUGGUUUUGGACCUGUAUACAAGGGUAGACUAGAAGAUGGGCAAGAAAUUGCUGUGAAGAGGCUCUCGCAAAGUUCAGGACAAGGGCCAGAUGAGUUCAAAAAUGAAGUACUACUAAUAGCCAAACUUCAGCACCGGAAUCUUGUAAGGCUUCUAGGCUGUUGCAUUGACGGAGAAGAGAAAUUGCUUAUCUAUGAAUAUCUUCCCAACAAAAGCUUGGACUUCUACAUUUUUGAUAAAACUCAAGGUAGAUUGUUAGAUUGGUCACAACGGUUCCACAUUAUCCGUGGGAUCGCUAGGGGACUUCUCUAUCUUCAUCAAGAUUCCAGACUGAGGAUUAUCCAUAGAGAUCUUAAAGCAAGUAAUGUAUUACUUGAUAAGGACAUGAACCCAAAAAUCUCAGAUUUCGGCUUGGCUAGAACAUUUGGAGGAGAUCAGACUGAAGGAGUUACAAGAAACGUGGUUGGGACCUAUGGUUAUAUGGCACCAGAAUAUGCCAUUGAUGGUCAAUUCUCUGUAAAAUCAGACGUUUUUAGCUUUGGAAUUUUAAUGUUGGAGAUAGUAAGCGGGAAGAGAAGUAGAGGAUUUUAUGAUCCGGAUGACAACCUUAACCUCAUCGGACAUGCAUGGAGAUUGUGGAAAGGAGGGAGGUCUCUAGAGUUGAUUGAUGAAAGCUUAAGGGACUCAUGCACUCUAUCCGAACUCUUGCGUUGCAUACAUGUUAGUCUUUUAUGUGUGCAACAGCUUCCUGUAGACAGGCCAACCAUGUCAUCCGUGAUUCUGAUGUUAGGUGAUGAGUUCCCCUUGCCUCAACCCAAAAAACCAGGUUUCUUUGGUGGAAAAUAUUCGUCUGAAGCAGAUUCUUCUUCAAGUAAGAACUUAACAUCUUCAACUAACGAACCAUCUUCAACCUAUGACUCUACCAUAACGUUGCCUGAGGCUCGAUGAGAUGCAAUUAAUUGCAAAUCUUGCACCAUGUAAUUUAUUCGAGGAAUGGAUCAUGUUGAAAUUUUGGGACCAUUAAAAAGAACAUUGGGCCUUCAAAUGGUGGGUUUCUCAGAGCUUGUCAUUGGCAUCCACAAAGAAUAAUGAGCAAAGAUGAGGCCAUCAAUUUCAGUCAAAAAUUUCUCACAACGCUACUCAAAUCGAGAUUUCAACUGCACACCCAACACCCCAAAUAUGUAAUGGACACCCAGACUCUAAAACAAAUAACAACAGACAGUCUUGCUGAAUGCUGAGCCUAACAGGAACAGCUACUUGUUAAAAAAAUAACAUCUUUUUCCC